UUUUUUUUGUUUACAACUUUAAAGAUUAGGAAGGGAUAUUUAACUAUCACCAAAUUGAUAACUAUAACUUGAUAUCAUUUCAUCACCACUAGUGCUACUACCAUCGCCACCAGCUGAAGUUUAAGGUAAGUAACAGAGAAGAACAGAAUAGGUAGUGGUGAGAAAUAUGACAAGACCAAUGACAACACCUCCUCCACCUGACCUUCAAGGUUUAUCUAUCGAUGUCAGCAGUACUCCAUCCCCUAAACGUUCGUUAGACUCUGUUGAUAGUUCAAAUAAAGAGGUUCCUGUCUCAGCAUCAUCGUCAACAUCGUCAUCUAAGUCAUCUAGGAUUAGACCCAUGUCUCGUUCAAACUCAAUGAGAUCGAAGGGAUUUAAUCUCAAUCUUGCGGUAUCUCCACUUGCAGCCACUCCUUCAUCUCAAGCUCCCAGUUCGAUAAAUUCAAGAAAACUAGUUCCUACCAUUUCAUUACAUCAAGUAGAGGAAAGUCCAGUACCAACUAAAGCACCACCAUCUCCCCUGAUUCAAUCGUCGACUGAUCUUAAGUAUGAUGUACCUUUACCUCUGGUUGGUCAAUUAUUACAUAUGGAUAUUGAUGAACAAUUAAGAUUACUUGCCUUAAAGGAAAUGUGUGUGGUUGAAAUCAAAGAUGCUGUUAGUAAUCUUAAUAAAAAAUUGGAUAAGCAUGAAAAGGAAUUACAUAGAUUAAGGGAAGUGAUUCAAAAAUCAUUAUAUAAGGAGUUAACUCAUAGUGCUUCAAAUGCUGCGAUCCAAAAGGAUCAUCAAGAUAAGAAAACUAAUGGUCGUCCUAGACAGGAUAGUAAUCCUAGAGACGAAGCUAUUGCAAGUACUAGAAGAAGAAGAACUCUCUCUUCUUCGUCCCAUCCUAAUAUCUCAUCUAUCUUAAAUUCGCCUGGAGCUAACGGAGGUUCAGGAGGAGAAGUGGAAUCUGAUACUAAAGCAAAUUCAAAAAUAUGGAGUAAUCUUAGUAAACCAUUGAAUCUACUUCAACAGUUUGAUACCAUGUUACAAAAUGAAUUUGAAAAAUCAUUAACGGGUGGUCCACCAAUUCAAAAUUAUCACAAUAGUUCUAUCAACCAAAAUACUUAUCAACCACGACGUUCAGAAGAUUCCAUUUCAAGUUUUGGAUCUGCAGCUCCAUCCCCUCUAAAAUCAAAAUCAAGAAUUGCUGAAAAUAGAGCUGAUCUUGAUCAAUAUUUAGCUGCUGAAUAUUCGGGACCAGGUGUUAAAGCCAAUGCGGAAGAAAUGUUACAAACAGUUUCAACAUCAAUAUGGACGUUUGUAAAUGAUGUCAAGACAAAUGUAUUAUCAUCUUUACGAGAAGAAGAAAUAGACUAUAAACAAAAUCCAAAUCACAUGGGGAAUACCGCAUCUCCUCCCACGAUUUAUAAUCUUGAUACUGGGUCCACUGUUAGUAUAGAUAAAACUAACAAUGAAAGUGGUAAUGAUACUCUGAUUAUUUCACUCAAUGGACGACUAGAUGAUGAUGGUGAAGAUGAAACAACUCUAAAAUGAGGUAUGUUAUAGAUUGGAUUUUAUUUUUUUUUUGGGAAUGUAUCUUUUAUAUUUAAUGGGGUAUAAUUUGUUUAGGUUAUGUUAGUGUUUUUUGUUGUUGAUUAUUUAUU